AUGGAAGAGCAGCAGCAGAAGCAUCAGCAGAAGCGGCAGCAGAAGCAUCAGCAGAAGCGGCAGCAGAAGCGGCAGCAGAAGCGGCAGCAGAAGCGGCAGCAGAAGCGGCAGCAGAAGCGGCAGCAGAAGCGGCAGCAGAAGCGGCAGCAGAAGCGGCAGCAGAAGCGGCAGCAGAAGCGGCAGCAGAAGCGGCAGCAGAAGCGGCAGCAGAAGCGGCAGCAGAAGCGGCAGCAGAAGCGGCAGCAGAAGCGGCAGCAGAAGCGGCAGCAGAAGCGGCAGCAGAAGCGGCAGCAGAAGCGGCAGCAGAAGCGAAGCGGCAGCAGAAGCGGCAGCAGAAGCGGCAGCAGAAGCGGCAGCAGAAGCGGCAGCAGAAGCGGCAGCAGAAGCGGCAGCAGAAGCGGCAGCAGAAGCGGCAGCAGAAGCGGUAGCAGAAGCGGCAGCAGAAGCGGCAGCACAAGCGGCAGCAGAAGCGGCAGCAGAAGCGGCAGCAGAAGCGGCAGCAGAAGCGGCAGCAGAAGCGGCAGCAGAAGCGGCAGCAGAAGCGGCAGCAGAAGCGGCAGCAGAAGCGGCAGCAGAAGCGGCAGCAGAAGCGGCAGCAGAAGCGGCAGCAGAAGCGGCAGCAGAAGCGGCAGCAGAAGCGGCAGCAGAAGCGGCAGCAGCAGCAGGAAUAGAAGCCAUUGCGCAUUGCGCACAGCAUUGCGAAUUCGUGUAGCAGUAACCGAGGCUGGAAACCUCGAUCCGAUCACGACAGUCUGUAUGGAGCGUAGAAAAAAAAAUCGUUCGCAGUCACCUGGAAAAUCCAUCGUCGUCCGCGGCCAAGCUGGCUAA